GAUUUUACACAUUUUAGAUGUUAACGAUUAGUGGAGGAACGAGUAUAAAUAUGGUUCGAAUGCUGAGCUAAUUAUCAGUUUCGAGUUUGAAAGCCAAGCCUGCAAUAUGAAUCCUACAAUUUUGUUGAGCUGCCUAGUAGUUUUUUCCCUAUUUUGGCUGGGGAAAGCACAAGCUGCAAACGAUGAUGAAUUCGGUACAGAAAGGCAGCGCUUACUUCGCGUGUAUGGUGAUUCCUCGGUUGACGAAGCCACCAGAUACAGGAACGUUGACGACCUGGUCAAGUUCUAUGACAAGUACUCCACUCUCCUUCCUUUGAAGCCGGAUUUAACACAACGCGCCCAGGAUCUCGUGAGGCGAUACAAGGAGGAAAGCGCUCAUGUGGUUUUGGUGGAUGGUGCUCCGGCUCAAGGCGGAUUCUGGUUGCCCCUGGUAAAGCUACUCAUUGUCCAGCUGGGCGUUGAAAUUGCCUCCGAGGGAUUCAAGCGCGCUAUUGAAUCUUAAUUAUCAAUUUUAAAUCAAAUUUAAUUGAAAGUUGAAUCAAUAUUAUGUGAAAAAACUUAAAUAAACCCUUUUGAGCAUGUA